GUCCAGAACGCAAACCCUUUUCCCUCUCACUGCGUCUCUGUUCCGUCUGAUUUGUAUCAUUUUCUCCAUCUCUUCCCUGUCCGACUUCCGUUUACAACCUUCAUAUAAAUGAGUCCAUGAGGCUGAGCUUCUCUUCCUUUCCAGCAUACACAGCUCGACAUUCUGCUAGCUCAGUCGUCUUCCUCGCGGAUGUGGGGGGUGGGUGGUUGAAUCAGUUCAGCGCCGUUUCAAGGGAAGUCGAACGAUGGCAUUAUUCAGGUACGUCUCCUCGCAAAACCGAAAGUACCCACCUUUAGUCUUGUCUCUCUCUCGCUCUCUCUGCUCUGAAAGCGGCAGCUCAACCACCGCCGCCGACGUCGAGACCGUUUAUCGCAUACUCAGUUGCCCUUGCCCCACUGGUUCCAAAAACUUGAAACAGGCAUUGAAUUCGAGUGGGGUUUUUCUCUCCAAUGAUUUGAUUGAUAAGGUUCUCAAACGGGUUCGGUUCAGCCAUGGAAACCCUUCACAGGCAUUGGAAUUUUUCAAUUACACCGGCAACAGAAGAGGGUUUUACCACACUCAGUUUUCCUUGGACACAAUGCUUUACAUUCUAGGACGAAGUCGAAUGUUCGACAAAACUUGGGAGGUCUUAGUUGACACUAAGUAUAAGGAUCGAAAUUUGAUAACCCCGCGCACUGUAAUGGUUGUGUUAGCUAGAAUCGCUAAGGUUUGCUCCGUUAGGCAAACCGUUGAGUCUUUUAGGAAGUUCAAGAAGCUCGUGCCUGAAUUCGAUACAAUGUGUUUCAAUUCCUUGUUGAGGACUCUUUGUCAGGAGAAGAGUAUGGCGGAUGCUAGGAACGUGUAUCACAGUCUCAAGCAUAAUUUUAAGCCGAAUUUGCAGACUUUCAAUAUACUGCUGUCCGGGUGGAAGACAUCCGAGGAAGCUGAGGGGUUCUUUGAGGAGAUGAGGGAGAUGGGUGUGAAACCUGAUGUCGUUUCCUACAAUUGUGUGGUUGAUGUUUAUUGUAAGAAUAGAGAAGUAGACAAGGCGUUUAAGAUUGUAGAGGAAAUGCGUGAACAGGGUAUAUCACCUGAUGUGAUCACCUAUACUAGUAUCAUUGGUGGAUUGGGGUUGGUUGGUCAGCCCGAUAAAGCCAGAGAUCUAUUGAAAGAAAUGACGGAGUAUGGGUGCUACCCAGAUGCUGCUGCAUACAAUGCGGCCAUUAGGAAUUUUUGCAUCGCGAAGAGGCUUGGCGAUGCUUCUGGGUUGAUGGAUGCAAUGGCGAGUAAGGGUUUGAGUCCGAAUGCAACUACUUACAAUUUGUUCUUUAGGGUUUUCUUCUGGUCAAAUGACUUACAAAGCUCUUGGAGUUUGUAUGGGAGAAUGAUGCAUGCUGGGUGCUUACCAAGUACACAGUCUUGUAUGUUCCUGAUCAGGUUGUUUCGGAGACAGGAAAAGGUGGAUAUGGCAUUGCGGCUGUGGAAUGAUAUGAUUGAGAAGGGUUUCGGUUCUUAUAUAUUGGUAUCUGAUGUGCUGUUUGAUUUGCUUUGUGAUUUGGGAAAACUAGUGGAAGCAGAGAGGUGCUUCUUGCAGAUGGUUGAAAAGGGGCAAAAGCCUAGUAGCGUUUCCUUCAGAAGGAUCAAGGUUCUUAUGGAACUGGCAAACAAGCAUGAGGCCCUCAAGAACUUGACCGAGAAAAUGGCAGUGUUCGGUGCUUCAAUCCAUCUUCCUGAGAAUUCAAAGAGCUCAAUGAAUACUUCGCGUUUUCAAUCACAUCCGAUAUAAAAGUAUGUGGGUAACUAAUCAUGAUUUGGGUUCGGUGUUAUAUUGGUGCAGAAAUGUUUCUGAUUGAUUUAUCAAAAAAGGUGAUUUACAUGAUUGGGAUACAGAGGCUUGCCCUGGGAAGUAACAAGGGCGAAGAAUGUGGAUUAGGCAUUCGUACUUUUUUGUUUGCUUGGGCCUUGUCCAGGUACAUUUGUGUAAUGUCUGUUAUUCAUUAGCUACAGUACGCAGAAGGUGGAUUGUGAAGGGUUUUUUUGUCUGAAAGGAGUAAAGUUGCCAGUUUAUAGCC